AUGUUCAUGCUAUCUGAAAUCCAGGAUCUAAUACGAAUACCGCCCCACGCAUUCAACAUACCGAUACAACACGCACUAACCGACGAACUAAACAAGAAAUACGCCAACAAAAUCGUGCCCAACCUCGGUCUCGCCAUCACCGUCUGGGAUCUUCUAGAUAUCAAAGACGGCUUGCUCAAGCCAGGCGACGGUGGCUCAUACGUCGAAGUCAAGUUCAGAUUCAUCAUAUUCAAGCCCUUUCGAGGCGAGUGUCUAACGGGCUGGAUUACCGAGUGCACCGCGAGGGGGAUCAAGGCGCGUCUCGAGUUUUUCGACGAUAUCUGGAUCCCGCAAGAGUAUCUUUUCGAAGAUUGCCAGUUUAAAGAAGCUGAGAAUGCCUGGGUUUGGGUCCAGGAUGGGCAUGAGUUGUACCUUGAUGUCAAUGAACGGAUACGGUUCACGAUUGAGCAGGAGAAUUUCUACAAUGUCAAGCCCAAGAGUUCAAGUGAGGCUGCUGGCUUGGAGGAACCACGAGAGAAAUUGCCAGCGUAUAGUCUCACUGCCUCAUGUCAAAGUCCCGGCAUGGGUUGCGUCUCAUGGUGGGAAUAG